UAACCUUUAUUGUGACUUGUACAAUUGAAUUGAAAAACAAAUUGAAAUCUGUAAAGUGGAAAAAUAUAAAAUAAAAAACUUAAAAUAACCUGGUUGCAUAAAUAUGCAUGUCAAGACUGUCAUGACACUGACAUAAACAUGACAUGACACCUGUCAUAAAAUGAGUAAGUCUUCAUAUAUAUUUGACUGUUGUCAUCAUGUGAGGAAUGCAGGUGUCUGUUGAAACAAAGCGCUAUCUCCUUAAGAUACGUGUCAAUACUCCAAGAGGGACUCUCAAAUCGCAUCAGCUGAUCUGCUAUGGGCUUGACAAGAUUGCAGAAGUUCAUAGACAUGUCCCUGCCACAAAGCUACAGAGGAUUUUUCCAGAUGUCUCCUUAAAAGACCUUACAAGACCUGAAAAGAUACAGCUCCUGAUUAGCCACAAAGAAGGUCAACUUGUACCUCAAAAAGUUCGCUCUGUCGGGGACCUGGUGCUAUGGGAUGGACCACUCGGCAAGACGGUUGGAGGCACACAUCCAGACCUCUUUGAAGAAGUUACCUUAAUGGCCCAUACAUCAGAGACACAUUUUGCAAGAUCAAUGAGGACUGCAGCUGUCAAGUACAGUGAACUCACCUGCAAAUCUUCAGUUUCCUGUCAGUCUCCUAGGCAUCCUUUCAUCCGAUCCAAUGCAGCCACUACCAGCAAAGAUUAUCUGAAGUGGUGGGAAUGGGAAAGCAUCGGAGCAGCCUGCGUACCAAAAUGUGGAGGAUGUCGCUGCGGGAAUUGCCAACCCGGAGGGAAGGAAAUGUCUUUGGCUGAGGAGAAAGAGAUGGAGACGGAAAGCAGUAGAAACUACAUUCCUCAGGACUGAAAAAACAGUUGGCAAAGGAUCCAGAGUGGAAAUUGGCCUAUGCUUCACAAGUCCAUGAAAUGGUCGAUCGCAAAGCUGCAGUGAAACUGUCUAAAGAAGUUCUACAAAGCUGGACCGGGCCAGUGUGGUAUAUAAGUCAUCUGAUUGCACUAAAUCCACAUUCCAUAUCCACUCCAGUGAGGCUACUGUGGAACAGCAGCCAGAAGUACAAAGGUCUGAGUUUGAAUGACAUGUUGAUUAAAGGUCCUGAUGUCUUAAAUCCGAUGAGAGCCGUCCUCCUGAGGUUCCGAGCUGGUGUCUUCGCUGCCCUUGGUGACAUCCAAAAAAUGUACAACUCUGUGUGGUUAGAAGAGAAAGAGGUUCAUCUGCACAGGUUUUUGUGGCGUGAUAGUGAGGAUGCUAAAAUAGAAGAUUCUUCGGUCAAGUAAGCAGGAGCAAGUCCUGUUUACUUAACCGAAGACUCAGAGUGGCAGUUGGGUGCAAGUUUCCUUCAACUUCCUGAAAGUGAGUGGCCAAAGAAAUCUGCAAAUGAUGUCGCUGUGCA